AUGCGACCGCGCCUGGUACUACUAGACGGCUUCCACUGCCUCGCGGCGCGGGUCGGCAUCUAUUUCACCCACCGCAUCCUCUCCGGAAAGCCGGGCUCGGAGCCCGAGAUUUGCGGCGCCGCGUGCGCGGCUCAUAAUGGCAGCAAGCUGCGACACGACCCGCCGGCAGGCGGCGUUGUUCCUUGGCCCGUGCUGCUCGUCGCUCUCGUGACUUCGCUCGCGUUGAUUGUCCUCUUGCACGCGCGCAGCGCGCCCAUUCCGCCCAUAUGCAUGCACGAACUAGAAGUCCCGCGCUGGCCGGGUCGUCGUGCGCCGAGUCGCGAAGCUAUGAACGGUUUAGAUUCGAAGUCAGAGUCGGAUUCUCACCUCGCCGCCAAUUGCCGAGCUAGUUUGUGUCGGUCGCUGCAGAAGUGGGCUUUACAGGGCAAGCAGAGAGAAGCCGCUUCCAUCAAAACGCUAGCCCUCAACGAGUCGCGCGUCGCGGCGGAGGACGCGGCGGCGCCGGCCGCGGCGGCGGCGGGGUCCUUGGGCGACGCACGCGAGCCGCCAGCGGCGGCGCAGAACGCGGAGCGACUGCGAGUCCAGCACGACGUGGCGCUUCUGUGCUCGGCGCCGUGGCAGCGCGCCGUGCAGGGCGGCGUGGACGAGAGCGCUUGGCUGCAGAGCGCGCAGCAGCACGGCUUCACGAGCGCGGAACGGAUCGCGCGCGGAAUGGAGUCCGUGUGCCGGCGCCUGCGGCGCGUGCAGAGCAGCCUGCUCGCCCGUGGCAGCACGUGCCGGCACUGGCCCGAGCCGUGCUGGCCCGCCCCUGGUGUACCCUUCUCCCGCAGUGCGUUGCGGUGGCUAGACCCGCGCGCGCGGAGGCGGUACCUGGUGUUCGCCAUGUCGGAGGAGCAGCUCAGCAACGCGCGCUCGCACCUCGUGGAGGCGGCGCGCGUUGCGCGCAUGGCAAACCGCAUCCUCGUGCUGCCGCUGGUGAGAGAGAGAGGGAGCAACAGCCGGAUAGACCUCUCGCAGCCCCUGCCGCUCUGCGCCUACUGGGACCUCGCGCCCUUGGAUGCGGCGCCCUGGAUAUCCCCGGAGCUCUUCCUGCUGCUGGCGCGCGCAGCUCUCAAGGAGCCCUCUGUGGGCUUCACCUGGGUCAUGUCGCCCAACCACAACCGCAGUCCCUUUGACUGGGACAUGGCAUCGGCGUUCACGGGGGAGCUACUGACAUUCGCCUUGGGCCACGUGCCCACGGAGAACAACACCGUCGUCCUCAACAUGCCCGCUAACACAGGCGACAUCUGGGAACUCGUUCGCAAUCAGCAGGACAAGGACGUGGUGCUGUGGUUCAAGACCACGUGGGAGCGCGUGGACAUGUAUCCGUGCACCGACGACAUCUCGCUGCGCCUGCUGCCGUACAAGCACGAGUGGCACUAUCUCGCGGCGCGCAUCGCGCAGCAUCUCCCCGAGCGCUUCCUCGCCGUGCACUUCCGCUCCGAGUUCAUCGCCUUCAGAGUGAAGUCCGACAACCAGCUGCUCCCAAACGGGCGCGGCAACGCAACAACACUAGAGCAGCAGAUGCAGUGGUGCACGGACAGCGCAGCACAGCACAUAAACAAGGUGAAGCGGCAGCACAACAUAACCGCAGUCUUCAUCGCCGCGGACGUGCCGUACAAUGCGUCCAGUGCUCCUCUGCGGUCGAGCUCGUGGGGGUACCUGGAGUGGCUGUUUGACACGCCCAUCACCGGCAUGGCGGCCCAGCAGCUGCACUGGCUGCGCUCGCGCGUGAACGGGACAGUCAUGAUUGAUGAGCUCAUCCCGGCGCUCAACUCGUACGAUCCCGGAGUGGUGGCGAUUGUGGACAAGCUAGUGUGUGCCCAGGCAGCCAUCCUGCUCGCGGGCCCGACGUGGAGCGAUGGGGAAUGGAUUUCCCUGCACUUCCUCCUCCCGCUCCUCCAUCUGGCGCUUAAAAAUUGUGAUGGUGGCCUUGGUGGCCAAAAUAGGGCGUGCGCGGACAACUUCUCCUCUUUCUGCAUGGGGAAGGAGGCCAUUGGUAAAGAAAAAUGUGAUGACUUGUGCGACUUUGGGUGUGGCCAUGUGUGGGGAGGGGAGGGGCAAUUCUGUAAGCCGGUUAGAAGGCUGGAUGAGAUGGAAGGUGGGGGAUAA